GUGGCACUAGCACCAUUCUCCCUGCUCUAGAGGAUGAACAGAUGAAGGUCACAGAGAGUGAGGAAUUUGGUGCUAUGGUAGAGAAUCUUAGGACGCCGGAUACUGAACCAAAGGAUGAAAAGACCGAAACAAGGCAUGCUGCGCUUCCUCCACUUGGCUCAGAGUUUGAUUACAGUGGCUUGCAGAUCAUUAAGAAUGAAGAUCUCGAGGAGUUGAAGGAGCUUGGUUCUGGUACUUUUGGAACGGUGUAUCAUGGGAAAUGGAGAGGAUCAGAUGUCGCUAUCAAGAGGAUAAAGAAGAGUUGCUUUGCUGGGCGGUCAUCAGAGCAAGAGAGAUUGACUGGUGAAUUCUGGGGGGAAGCUGAAAUUCUUUCAAAGCUUCAUCAUCCGAAUGUGGUAGCAUUUUAUGGUGUUGUAAAAGACGGGCCUGGGGGGACCUUGGCGACUGUGACAGAGUACAUGGUUGAUGGUUCUCUGAGGCAUGUUCUGGUCCGAAAGGACAGGCAUCUUGAUCGUCGCAAGAGACUAAUCAUUGCCAUGGAUGCUGCAUUUGGAAUGGAAUAUCUACACUCCAAAAACACUGUUCACUUCGAUUUGAAAUGUGACAAUUUACUUGUGAACUUGAAAGAUCCUUCUCGCCCAAUCUGCAAGGUUGGUGACUUCGGUCUGUCAAAAAUCAAGAGAAAUACAUUGGUAUCUGGUGGUGUACGUGGAACCUUACCUUGGAUGGCACCAGAGCUUCUAAAUGGGAGCAGCAGCAAAGUUUCAGAAAAGGUUGAUGUUUUCUCUUUCGGGAUCGUUUUGUGGGAGAUUCUAACCGGUGAGGAACCAUAUGCCAAUAUGCACUAUGGCGCCAUAAUAGGUGGGAUAGUGAACAACACGCUGAGGCCAACUAUACCGGGCUUCUGUGACGAUGAANUUUCG